AUACAAUACAACAGAGAUUGCUAGAGCUCUGCGUACAACUACGGCAAAACGCCUAUCUCAGUGUGUGGAAGUGAUGCUGCACCUAUAGGCACACCGUCCACCUGCUCCGUCACACUGACAGUCCAUGAGCAUUUCUCAAAAUAGCUAUUUUGCUCUCUAUCACUCUGCCAAACCAAGGGAUGACAUGAAAUGACGUGUCCGAGGAUGUUUUAAACGAUUUACAAGUUCUCUAGCUGUUCAUUAAACGCACAGAGAAAAAGCAAGCAACUUAGCCAAACAGUUUUCGCAGGCAUGCGAGGAGCGUUCCCAGGUUUUUGCUUUUUUUUUUCCCGUGAUGACUGUAUGAAUGCACUGAAAUAAGAAGUACUGCACAUUGACAAACCCAUUUGGAGCACCACUAUCUCUCCGCGCGCGUGGGAUUCAAGCAGUAGCCAGGCUUGAGACAUCUGAGGAAUUACAUCGUCUCUUCUAAAAGUCAUUCGCAGAUGUUUUUCGCUCUUCGUGCGUGGACCGUGGACUUUUUCAUGGACAUGGAUCGUUUUCUCUAGUUGGAUACCGACUGGUCACUACGUGAAGCUGUUUGAUUCUGGGAUUUUCUUCAGUCUGCUUCACGGCACUUCAUCUCCUCCAGCAGUGAUGCCGCUACGUGACGGGAAUUGAGAGUUUCCAUAUUCACACCGAAAUCCGAGCAGACCUUGCAGAUCUUUGAAGAGAGUGCAGCACCUACUCUGAGUAUGGACUUGGCAAGUGAGGCCCAUGUUCUGGUGGUUUUACUCACCUGCCUGUUCUUGAUGUGCCGGGCUCAAGAGAAGGACUACACGGUCAAAGAAGAGCAGCCGGAGAAUGUGCGCAUCGGAAACCUGCGCAAAGACCUAAACUUGAACCUAGAUCCAGACAUUAAACUCUCUUCUGCGCUGCAGUUUAAACCUGUCUACAAGACAGGUGAUGUGCCUUUGGUCAAGGUAGAAGCAAGCACGGGAGAGAUUUUCACCACAGCCAACCGCAUCGACCGUGAGAAACUCUGUUCCGGAGUCUUCAACGAGAAGCGCUGCUUUUAUGAGAUCGAGGUCGCCGUGCUACCCGACGAGAUUUUUCGACUGGUCAAGAUCCGCUUCCUCAUCGAAGACAUCAACGACAACGCCCCACUCUUUCAAUCGACGGUCAUCAACAUCUCCAUUCCAGAAAACACAGCCAUUAACAGCCGCUACCCUGUCCCUUCCGCAUUUGACCCCGAUAUAGGGAUCAAUGGGAUUCAACACUACGAGCUAGUCAAGAGCGUGAGCGAAUUUGGCCUGGACAUCAUCGAGACGCCUGAAGGAGACAAAUGGCCCCAACUCAUAGUCCAGCAGAGCCUCGAUCGGGAGACGAAGGACACCUUUGUGAUGAAAAUUAAAGUAGAGGAUGGUGGCACCCCUCCAAAGUCCAGCACAGCCAUUCUGCAGGUCACCGUCUCAGAUGUGAAUGACAAUCGGCCGGUGUUCAAGGACAGCGAGGUGGAGGUAAACGUUCCUGAAAAUGCCCCAAUGGGAACAUCUGUCACUCACCUUCAUGCCACAGAUGCUGAUCUGGGAUCCAAUGCUCAGAUUCAAUUCUCCUUCAGCAACCAAAUCUCCCCUGCCACGAAACGACAUUUUGCUAUUGACAGUACAACUGGACUGAUUACCAUCAAGCAGCCGUUGGACAGGGAAGUCAACCCGGUGCACAAGCUUAUAGUGCUGGCCAGUGACGGAAGCUCUACCCCUUCAAGGGCUACAGUGAUAGUCAAUGUAACAGACAUUAAUGACAACGUCCCCUCUAUAGAUACCCGCUAUAUAAUGAAUCUCGUUAAUGGCACUGUGCUGUUGUCUGAAAAUGCCCCCCUCAACACAAAAAUAGCCCUAAUUACUGUGACGGACAGAGAUGCGGAUCUGAAUGGGAAAGUGACUUGUUACACUGAUCAUGAUGUACCUUUCCGACUGAAGCCGGUCUUCAACGACCAGUUUUUGCUUGAAACGGCCGCACCCUUAGAUUACGAGACAACUCGAGAGUAUGCCAUUCGGAUAGUUGCGUCUGACUCUGGUAAACCUCCUCUGAACACUUCGGCAAUGGUUCUGAUUAAAAUAAAGGAUGAGAACGACAAUGUCCCAGUUUUCCCUCAGCCUGAAAUCCAGCUGUCCAUUCCGGAAAACAAUGACCCGGGCACACAGUUGAUAAAAAUCAGCGCAACAGAUGCAGAUAGUGGUUCUAAUGCCCUUAUUAUUUAUAGUCUUGGCCCAGAUGCUCCUGAUGGGUUUAACAUAGAUCCCCGGUCUGGAAUCCUUUCUGUUGUCAAAAGGCUGGAUAGAGAGAAGCAGGAGAAGUACUCAUUCACAGUCAUUGCCAGGGAUAAUGGUUCUACCCCUCUCCAAAGCAACGUCACCGUGAAGCUAAUAGUCCAAGACCAAAAUGACAACAGUCCAGCCUUUACCCAUCCUGAGUACAACUUCUAUGUGCCUGAGAACCUGCCUUUGUACGGGACGGUGGGUUUGAUCACUGUCACGGAUGCGGAUGCUGGUGACAAUGCGGUCGUCACUCUCUCAAUCAUAAAUGGGAAGGACAAUUUCAUCAUCGACCCCAAAACCGGGGUGAUCAAACCAAACAUUACCUUCGACAGGGAGCAGCAAAGUUCCUACACGUUUGUUGUCAAGGCUGUGGACGCAGGUCAAAUGCAAACCACCUCCUAUGCCAAGGUCACCAUAAAUGUUGUUGAUGUGAACGACAAUCGACCGGUGUUUGUCAUUCCCUCCUCGAACUACUCCUAUGAUCUAGUACCUUCAACCACCAGCCCUGGAUCAGUGGUGACCAGAGUAUUUGCCAUUGACAAUGACACUGGGAUGAACGCUGAGCUUCAGUACAGUAUUAUCGGAGGCUCUCCGAGAGGACUGUUUGCCAUUGACAAAACGACAGGCAACAUAACUCUGCAGGAGAAGAUUGUAACGGCAGACCAAGGCCUUCAUAGGCUGGUGGUGAAGGUCAAGGACUUGGGACAGCCGGAGUCCUUGCAUGCAAUCGCCCUUGUUCAUUUGUUUGUCAACGACACUGUCUCCAACGCCACGUUUAUUCAGGAACAACUUCGCAAAAGUUUGGAGACUCCUUUGGAGCGGAACAUUGGGGACAACGAGGUGACACCCCAGACCAACGGCUACGUAAUUGUUGUUAUUGCCAUAAUAGCUGGAACUAUGACUGUUAUCUUGGUGAUCUUUGUGACUGCUUUGGUACGCUGUCGACAGACACCGAGACACAAAGUUGUCCAGAAGAGUAAGCAGAGCGGCGAGUGGGUAUCACCCAACCAGGAGGGUCGGCAGAUUAAAAAGAAAAAGAAGAAGAAGAAGAGGUCCCCAAAAAGUUUGCUGCUGAAUUUCGUAACCAUCGAGGAACCCAAGAGCGACGACCCUACUCACGAGCACAUCAACGGCACCUUAGACCUCCCUGUAGAACUCGAGGAGCAGACAAUGGGAAAGUACAACUGGGCUACCACACCGACUACUUUCAAACCCGACAGUCCUGACUUAGCCAAGCACUACAAAUCCGCUUCCCCUCAGCCGACAUUCCAGAUCAAACCAGAGACCCCUGUGGCUCCCAAGAAGCAUCAUGUCAUUCAGGAACUCCCACUGGACAACACAUUCGUGGUGGGCUGUGACUCACUCUCCAAAUGUUCCUCCAGCAGCUCCGACCCCUACAGCGUUUCAGAGUGCAGCUGUCAAGGGGGCUUCAAGGCACCUGGACAAAUCCACACCAGACAGAACCAGAGCCAGACUCCAGAUAAAACAUUCCCUGUUGUCCCAGCCACGUGCCCCCACAAGCAGACGCAACGCCGCGUGACCUUUCACCUCCCGGACGGCUCUCAGGAGAGCUGCAGUGACAGCGGGCUUGGAGAGCAGGAACCCAAUAGCGGUGCCAGCACCACCCAGCCUCUGCCCUUGGGCUUCCCUCAGGAAGAGUACUAUGAACAGACCUCACCGAACAGUCGCACCGAGGGUGACGGCAACUCUGACCCCGAGUCCACUAUUGAAGUGAACCUGCAGAAAGCUCUCGCCGAGGCCUCGGAGACCUGUACCCAGGAAUGUCUGAUCCUGGGUCAUUCUGACAGCUGCUGGAUGCCGCCAGCGCUGACCCAGUUCCAGACGUCCGGCGCCGCCACUCUGCCCUCGUUUGGUUUUCAACAAAGCUGGGCGCGGGGGAACAAGCCAGAUGGGCGUCACACCCUUGGCAGGUCAGUGCCCAAAGAUGAUCUGGACAAAGGGAGCAACCGGCCCCAAUUCUACAACACACUUGAGAGACACUGCGGCAAGAAAGAGGAUCCCGUCAAGGUCAUCCCUCUAGCCAGCUUUUCCGCCACGUCCAGCCCCCAGACGUCCACCGGCGGAGGCUCAUCCGCCUUCCUGCACGAGCAUCAGCUGUAGAAGCGAGGGUAGGCCUCAGAGCACCGCAUAAUGAGAGUGAUUGAAACGGAAAAGCUGACGGGUUCUGAUCGGUAUUAGCAUGUGUCAAACGUUUCACGACACAAAUGUGACGUUAAAGCGAAUCCUCUGUGAUCCUCUGUGAAACUGAAACAUGUACAGUAGACAAAUGGUAGAUAUAGACCAAAGUAGCUCCUCAAGUGAAAAAAAAAAGAAACAAAAAAAAGCGGUGUGAAAUGUGUCUUAGUGACAGAUUAGUGGCAAAUGAAUUAAGCUUUACUGUUGAUCAAAAGGGACAAGAUUUUUAUUUCAUUCUUUUGUGCGCCUGUUGAAUGCAACUUAUCAAAUUAUGUUUAAAGGAGAAGUCCACUUCCAGAACAACAAUUUACAGAUAAUGUACUCACCCCCAUCAUCCAAGAUGUUAAUGUCUUUCUUUCUUCAGUCGUAAAGAAAUUAUGGUUUUUG